AUGGUCCUGGAGGCUGGCUGGAGCUCAAACUCGAGCACCGCGGAGAGCAGCUCCACCCACGGCCCCGACUCCCACUCCCACUCCCACUCCCGCCCCGACUCGGACCCCGCGGCUCUGGGCCGGACCGGACACACCGCGGUGGCGAUCGUCCUCGGAGUCAUCCUCGCGCUGGGCUUCCUCGGCAACCUCCUCGUGCUGCUGCUCUUCGCCAGGUUCCCGUCGCUCAGGACGCCCAUCAACCUGAUCCUGGUGAACAUCAGCGCGAGCGACAUGCUGGUGUGCGCGUGCGGGACGCCGCUCAGCUUCGCGGCGAGCGUCAGGGGCAGGUGGCUCGUGGGACCGCAGGGUUGCCGCUGGUACGGCUUCGCCAACACGUGCUUCGGAAUCGUGUCCCUGGUGUCUCUAUCCAUCCUGUCGUACGAGCGCUACUGCGCCGUGCUGCGUUCCACCCAGGCCAACGUGUCGGACUUCAGGAAGGCUCGGCUGUGUGUGGCGGGCUCGUGGCUGUACGCUCUGCUCUGGUCGCUACCACCCUUCCUGGGUUGGAGCAGCUACGGGCUCGAGGGUGCGGGGACCACGUGCUCCGUACAGUGGCACCAGCGGACAGCCAGCAGCAUCUCCUACGUGGUCUGUCUCUUUAUCUUCUGCCUGCUGCUGCCUCUGGUGCUCAUGGUCCUCUGUUACAGCCGGAUCUUCUGCGCCGUCCGAAGGGUGUCCAGGAUCAACCUGACGCUGGCCCAGAGGCGAGAGAACCACAUCCUGCUGAUGGUGGUCUCCAUGGUGACCUGCUACCUGCUGUGCUGGAUGCCGUACGGCGUGGUGGCGCUGGUGGCCACUUUCGGCAAGGUGGGCGCCGUGAGCCCGCUGGUCAGCAUGGUGCCCUCAGUGCUGGCCAAGAGCAGCACCGUGUUCAACCCCAUCAUCUACGUGCUCCUCAACAGCCAGUUCUACAGGUGCUUCGUGGCCUUCGUGACGUGCGGAGCGGAGCCGUCGCAACCCAAGCCCGCGGUCAACAACCAAGCCGGCAGCAGGGCGGAGAAUCUCCAGCCAGCCGGCGGCACCCGGCUCCCCCCGCCGCCGGCAGGGAGCCCACGCGGCCCGGGGAUCCCUCCGGCACCCGGACGCGGGCUUCUCUUAAGGAACGCGACGCACGGACUCUUGCGGUCCAUCGCGACUCCUGAAGACCCGACGAGGCAAAGUCUCCUCAAAAAAGAGAAGAGACCGGAUCGCCCGCGUUUGCCUUCACGGCCGCGAAUGAGAGGUUGCGUGUAG